AUGGAAGCCCAAAUUCUCCUUAAUAAUGCCAUCUUCUCUAUCAUCUGCAUUUUCCUUUCGCCUUUCGCCGUAAACUCCCAGAGAGAAACCCCUCCAGGUGGCACAAUCCCGAUCGUGAAUCCCACCACGCCAGGUGGCACGAUCCCGAUCGUGAACCCGACGAGCCCGAACCCACCUUUCACCACCGGCCCGCCAGCCACCACCGGACCGCCGCCAGCCACCGGCAGCGGCGGCGGCGGUGGUGGUGGUGGUGGUGGGUCAUGGUGCGUGGCCAGCUCCGGUGUCUCUGAGACAGCCCUGCAAGUGGCUCUGGACUAUGCGUGCGGAUAUGGGGGAGCAGACUGUUCGCCCCUUCAGCCCAACGGGCCUUGUUAUGAGCCCAACACAGUUCGAGACCAUGCAUCCAUAACUACGCCGGUAAAUCCUUAUCCGCCAGUAGGCAAUGGUUACGGUUCAGAACCGGGCUACGAUUACGGGUCUGAACCAACAGGCACUCCUAAUUCAGCCGGAAUUAUCUCUCUCGACAUAUUCAAACUCGUCAUCUUGAACUGCCUCCUCCUAAUGUCAGUUUCUAUGGCUAACCACUUCUAA